CCAGUCAUCAAUAUUCCUACAUGACUAGUGAACUGAAAUUUCCGUGCCAGACACCCCGAAAAACCAGGGACGGGCAGUAGCUAGCUAUAGCCAUGGAGCAGCAGCACCGGCCGGACUCCGAGGCUCCGCUGCUGGCCGCCUCGAAGCCCGAUGGCGCCGCGUCUUCGUCGCCGCCCCGCAACAGGUUCCCCUUCUUCUGUGCCGUGCUCGCCUCCAUGACCUCCGUCCUCAUGGGCUACAACGUGGCGGUGAUGAGCGGGGCGCAGAUCUUCAUGGCGGAAGACCUCGGGGUGAGCGACACGCAGAUCGAGCUGCUCUCCGGUGCCAUCAACAUCUACUCGCUCGUCGGCGCGCUGCUCGCCGGCUGGACCUCCGACCGCCUCGGUCGCCGCCUCACCAUUGUGCUCACCAACGGCUUCUUCCUCGUUGGCCCGCUUAUCAUGACGCUCGCCGGCGGGUACACGGCGCUCAUGGCGGGGCGCUUCAUCUCUGGAAUCGGCGUCGGCUACGCGCUCGUAAUCGCGCCGAUCUACGCUGCCGAGAUCGCGCCGGCCUCCUCCCGCGGCCUUCUCAGCUCCCUUCCCGAGAUUUUUAUCAACACCGGGGUGAUGCUGAGCUACGUCUCCAACUUCGCCUUCUCGGCGUUGCCAGCGCACCUGGCGUGGCGGCUGAUGUUCGCGGCCGGGGUUGUGCCCACCGUGUUUCUGGCGGCUGGCGUGCUCACCAUGCCGGAGUCGCCGCGGUGGCUGGCGAUGAAGGGCCGGCUGGACGAGGCGAAAGCCGUGCUCGACAGGACGUCGGACACGCUCGCGGAGGCCGAGCAGCGUCUGCGGGAGAUCGAGGAGGUUGUCGACGCCGGCAGCAACGGCGCCGGCGGGAGCAACGGCGGUGGCGGCACGUGGAAUGAGGUGGCAACCAAGGCCGGCGUCAGGCGCGUGCUGGCCACAGUUCUGGCGCUACAAUUCUUCCAGCAGGCGUCGGGCAUCGACUCCGUGGUGCUCUACGGCCCGCGCGUGCUCGCCAUGGCCGGCGUCACAUCCAACACCCUCCUCCUGGGCCUCAACGUCCUCUUCGGCGUGGCCAAGGCGGGCUCGAUCCUGAUAGCCAUGGCGCUCGCCGACCGCGUCGGUCGGCGCCCUCUGCUCUUGGUGAGCACCGGCGGCAUGACGGCGUCGCUGCUUGUGCUGGGCUCCGUGUUCGCUGCUUUCGCCGGCGCCAAGGACGACGCGGCGGUGGCCGCCGUGGCCGUGGCGGCUGUGGUGGCGUUCGUCUGCACCUUUUCCGUCGGGUUCGGGCCUAUGGCAUGGGUGUACAGCUCGGAGAUCCUACCUCUGCGGCUGCGCGGACAGGGCGCCGGGCUCGGCACCGCCAUGAACCGCGUCAUGAGCGGCAUCGUCACCAUGACCUUCAUCUCGCUCUACGGGGCCAUCACCAUGGCCGGCGCAUUCUACCUUUAUGCCGCCGUCGCGGCUGCCUCGUUCGUGUUCAUCUACACCUGCCUGCCGGAGACCAGGGGCCGAAACCUCGAGGACAUGGAGCAGCUUUUCCGCACAAAGUGAUCGAUCCCCCAACCCGUGGUCACUUUUUUUUUUUGAAAAAUCAACCCGUGGUCACAUUGAUAUUAACAAAUCUCUGGAUUUGGAUGGUAAA